GCUGAAUCAGACGUUUCUGGUAUCAGGUUCGAUCGUUGCCUCGAUACCGAUUCUCUCGCCGAGAUCUCUUUUUCCUCCGUCACAGGAGCGAUGUCAAAAGCUCGUGUUUAUACCGAUGUUAACGUGAUUCGACCUAAGGAUUAUUGGGAUUACGAAUCUCUCAAUGUUCAGUGGGGUGAGCAAGAUGAUUACGAGGUAGUGAGGAAGGUGGGGAGAGGGAAAUACAGUGAGGUUUUUGAGGGGAUUAACAUGAAUAGCAACGACAAGUGCAUUAUCAAGAUUCUCAAGCCUGUUAAGAAGAAGAAGAUUAGAAGAGAGAUUAAAAUACUUCAGAAUCUCUGUGGAGGGCCAAAUAUUGUCAAGCUGCUUGAUGUUGUCAGAGAUCAACACUCAAAAACACCGAGCUUGAUAUUUGAGUAUGUUAACAGUACAGACUUUAAGGUUCUGUAUCCGACGUUGACUGAUUAUGACAUCCGAUACUACAUCUAUGAGCUGUUGAAGGCUCUGGACUUCUGCCACUCACAAGGUAUAAUGCACAGAGAUGUCAAGCCACACAAUGUCAUGAUUGACCAUGAGCUGCGCAAACUUCGCCUUAUAGAUUGGGGUCUCGCUGAGUUUUAUCAUCCUGGGAAAGAGUACAACGUCCGUGUGGCCUCAAGAUACUUCAAGGGUCCCGAACUUCUAGUGGAUUUACAGGACUAUGACUAUUCCUUGGACAUGUGGAGCCUCGGUUGCAUGUUUGCUGGCAUGAUAUUCCGCAAGGAACCUUUCUUCUAUGGCCAUGACAACCAGGAUCAGCUCGUCAAAAUUGCCAAGGUACUCGGAACCGAUGAAUUGAAUGCAUAUCUGAAUAAGUAUCAGCUAGAACUUGAUGCUCAACUAGAGGCACUUGUUGGGAGACAUAGCAGGAAGCCUUGGUCCAAAUUCAUCAACGCCGACAAUAGGCAUUUGGUCUCACCUGAGGCGAUUGAUUACCUGGACAAGCUACUACGGUAUGAUCAUCAAGACAGAUUAACUGCAAAAGAAGCAAUGGCUCAUCCAUAUUUCGCUCAAGUCAGGGCAGCAGAAAGCAGCAGAAUGAGGACUCAAUAGAGAUGUCUCGAUCGAUUUUGUAUCUUCUUCUCCAGUGUGCUCUUUUGUUGUUUUUCUAAUACAUUUUCAUAUCCAUA